AUGCCCGCUGAAAAAGGUGGAGGUAUAUUUGUUUGGAAAAGAGAAUUGUAUGUCAAGAAAUGUUACAGGCAUCUUGCAGAUCCCGCAAUCUAUUCUUUGAAGAAAACAGAUCAUACUUUAACAACUAAUUCUAAGGUGUUUAAAGGUAUAAAAGAACUUAUCCAGUUAAAUUUACUGCCUGAAUCAGCUCGAAAUCUACACCUGUUUGACAGUGAUUUGGGGGAAUCGGUUUUUUACUUGUUAACCAAAAAUCCUGAUGCACCAGGCAGACCUUUAGUUUCAUCCAAUUCCUGCCCUACUGAACACAUCGCUUCAGUCUUAGAUGGCAUCUUCAAAACUGUGGUUGCUUCUCUCCCUUCUUUUAUUAAAGAUACCGAUCAUGCCAUUGAGAAGUUAAACUUAAUUUCGUUUCGUCCAACUAAACCUAUGCGUAUUUUUAGACUUGAUGCGUGUUCCUUGUAUACCUCUAUCCCUCACAAGGAUGGACUAGAAGCAGUUAAACAUUAUUUUACUAAAACCCCUCACCAUAAGCUUAGUACUGACACAAUAGUUCGGUUAACUGAACUUGUACUCACUUGUAACUCUCUAGAAUUCGACGGUAAUUUCUACGAGCAAAUUAAAGGCGUGCCACUAGGGAGUAAGAUGAGUGAUAGUUACGUUAGCAUUUUCAUGGGCUAUCUCGAGGAGAGAAUCAAUAAGAACUAUAAAGGAAAUUUACCAAAGUUUUAUUUUAGAUGUAAUGCGGAUGGGAUAGGAUACAUGGAAAAGACUGAUCUCGAGAAAUAUAUUACAUUUUGCAAGUCUUUUUAUGCUGACAUUAAGUUGGAAUAUAAAAUAUCCAAUUCACGUGUGAACUUCCUUGACUUACGGGUCAGUGUACAUAAUGAUGCACCUUUCAUAAGAACUGAAAUUGUAUUUGACCCCAACUCAUUUGAUUAUUUGCUAUAUACGUCAUCUCACCCAAAAGCUUAUAAAGAAGAAAUUCUGCAGUCCCAAUUAUCACAACUUCGACGUGCUUGUACAAACGAUAAUGACUUCUCGAUGAAAGCACAAGAGAUGUUUGGGUUUUUCAGGCAAUGUCUUUACCCUGAACUUCAAUUUAAAAAAGCACUAAAACAUGUAUCUCGCUUUUCCAGAGAUUCGUAUUUCUUACGGGGAUCGAAGACAACAACUGAGAGAUUGAAACUUUUUCUACCGUAUCACCCGCACAGCAAAUCAGUGAAAGAUAUCUUACUUCGUAAUUUUAAUAUUUUAUCUUCUGAUCCAGACUUCGGUAGUCUUUUCAAAAACCUACCUGAAGUUAUUUAUAAGCCUAACCCUAGCCUGUGGGACAUACUUGUUCACAAGAGACUCCCAAGUCUUUCCCCGCCUGGAACUAGCCCUUGUAAAAUAAAGAACUGUAAACUCUGCCAGUACACGUUUGAAACAAACUCCAUACGAUUUCCUGGUGGCGCCAUGCGUGUGCGUGAACACUUCACCUGUCUCUCUCGCGGUGUCGUGUAUGUGAUCAAAUGUAAACUUUGUCAUGAGUGUUAUAUUGGUCAGACUGGCGUGAAGCUGUCUCAAAGAGCUGGCCAACAUAUAACAUCUAUAAGAAAGAAAACUAAAUGCCCAGUCGCUGUCCAUUUUAAUGCGCCUGACCAUAGACGGCUGGAAGAUUUCAGUAUAACCGCUGUUAGGUCGUGUAGGAAUACUGAGGAAAGAAAAAAAUUAGAAAACCGCUUGAUUUAUAAAUAUGACCCACUUGGACCUAAAGGAAUGAACAAAAUAUUUUCGUUAUUAUGA